AUCGGCAUCAUCAUCGGCAUCUUCAUCGGCGCAGCGUGUUGUACAGACUGUCUGAGGUGGCCAGGUAGCAUCAUAAGAGUACGUUUCGCAAACCCGUUAGCUGGCCCUCAACAAGCACCACACCGUACCAGCUACGGCAUCUUCAUGGCAUCUCGGAAUCAGCAUCAAACCAGUUCGCGAAACCGCCGGUCACCGGUACACACUAGCCACUAGGGGACCACAGAAAUUUAGUACCGAAAUACACACAUUUCGAGCGGACCGCAGAACAGGUUUUAAAACGCUUUCGCGUUGACUGCAAGUACUGGCACGAUCGUGAUUCCCUCGAAUGGUGUGAUCCAGUUAAGACAUCUUGGCCUGGUCUGUGUCUGUGCAAAACAGCAAUAGUGCGGUUGGAAGUCGUUUAGGGGGCAGCAAGUACUUUUGGAACCUUCUAGCCUUCAGUGACCUUAUAGUGUUCGUGCUGCCUCAAAGCCGUCAAUAGUCACACGUGCUACGUUUCAGGUGGUAGCAGCUUCCCUCGUGUGAGAUCGCUGUAUUGAGUUACCAUGCGCAACACGGUGUGGCCCCAAGUACGAUGCUCCUAAAAUGACGUAUAUCGAAUUAGAAUUGUAAAUGAUAGUGCUUGCUCCGGUUCUAUAGAGAACACCAUUGUUCUACAUUCUGUCGCUCUGGAUGGUGUGUGCCGUAUGGAUUUGAGCAAAAACGGGUCGAGCAGCAGCCAACAGCAGUCACUAACCACGAACGAACGGAGGAUGAACAACGCGUGUCGUGUGAACAGUGAGCAGUGAAAGUGAUCUCAAUUCCAGUGCUUCUCGGUUUAACGUUCAAAGAUCUAGUCCAAGCAUCAUGUCCUUUCUACGUACAUUCCGUUCGAACCUUAUUCUUAGCACAGCACCACCAGCGGACACAGGAAAGAGUGCUGGUGGUGGAGGUGCUGUUAAUGGACGAAAGAGCUCAUCUCAAGGACGUAAAUCGCAAAUCGAUAGUGAUGAUCGAGUUGGAGGUACCACCACCACCGCUCGAAGAAGUAGCAACGGGAUGACAAAUCGAAAUGGUAAUGGCGGUAGCACGACCGCCAAUCGUAACACCACCAACGAUAGCCGUUAUGGUAAGGAGAAUCCCGCUCCGAUAGUGGUCUAUCUGGAUAAACCUGGGCAGGAGGUGAAAAAGCCGGCCAGCAUUCUGCGCACAAACACUUUCACCACGAAGCAUAACGAUCACGUUCCGGGGCCGGAAGGAUCAGAAGGUAUCCGAUACGGUAGCACUACGAUUAGUCGGAGCGAUACGUUCACGAUCGAUGAUCCGGUACCGACGGUUUACUCCAGCACCUUCACUCACCGUGAGCCACUGGACGUGUUUGAACCACUGUACGCGAAGAAUAUCGAACUCGGUUCGAACGAGAAGCUGCCAACGGUGGUGGAUACGCGGACCUAUCGGAAGAAAUCACGCAACAGCACCACUUCGAAGCCGGUCCAGAAGGUGGAGAGCUUCAUCAAGCGCUUCGAACGGACGCUAUUCAACAAGCAUGGUUCGAACGAUCGUAACCGCAAACAAUCGACGGGUGGUUCGACGACGGCGCGAAAGAACUCGUCCUCGGCCGGCAGCACCGACAGUGGGCCCCGGUUUCGUGAUGUCGGCAUCAACUGUAAGCUGGACGAGGAGGAACGGUUCCGGGCGAAGGUGGAAGCGAUGCGCCGAUCACGCCAAGGAUCGCGCGAUUCCAUCAUAAGCGGCCACAGCACGACCAGCGGCAUGGUCCAGCUAAGACGGCCCAAUGCCGCCCCCGAACGUAGUCAAUCGCCCACGAAACGAUACUCGAUCACGCAAGAUCGUCGUUCAUCCUCGGCCAGUAGCUUCGCCCUGGCUCCACUGGAAGAGCGGGCCCGCCACCUUAGGACGCCUUCACCACCGCAACAGUACGGUGGAAACUCAACGGUAGUGGUACCGUUGUCCAUCGAUCGUCCAACCGAAAGUAGCUUCCUCAAGAGCCGCCAGAAGGAGAUCGAGAUGGGGUACAGUGUGGUAACCAAGCGGCAGCAACCACCGCCUCCUUUGACGCUGCCCGUCACAAGUCGAUCGUCACCGGAACGGUACGCAGUGACCACGCAGCGACCGACGGGACGGCUUCAACCAACCAGCUAUGCUCAGGAGGAACCACGAGGACGGGAUCAACUAUACUCAACGUUUGUUAUCGCACGGAAUGCUGGCACUAGUGAGGAUCCUACAACACCCCGAUUCCGAACGGAUACAUACCGAGCAUUGAAGGACGAAUACGAGCAGCAGCAGCAGCAGCAGGCGCAGAUGACUAGACCGAUUGGCAUUGCCAGUCCCUUGCCGAAUGAAGAGCGGCCCUCCAGUGGUGCUGGUAUUGCUGACGUGCCGGCCAAGGAUUCAGCAGCUUCCGAUCUGCCGAAGUACACGUUUGGGACGGAUAUGCAGCAGCGUCGCAACCGGUUCCAACAGUUUCAGCGCUCGUUCAAGAAAAUGGACGACAGCGCCUCAGAUGUUUCCGUCCAGCAGAGUUUCUUUGUGGCAAUUUAAAGCGGCAGUUGUGCUUGUUCCCUAAUGGAAGUAAAAAAAGAGAUGUGACUUUAUUUUAACACCCAAGGCUGUUAUUAAUAUCAGAAUAAAACGUUGUCAGU